AUGACGGUGAACUGGACACCCUUCUUGACCUUGUUUCCUCUGCGUCUGCCGGCGAAAGACAUGUUACUGAACACUAGCACUCGUCGGCCCAGAAAUCUGCUUGCCACCGGAAUUCUUGAUAAUUUGCGGCGAUUUCCACAUUGCAUCCUUUUGACUCGUGUCGGUCAAUUCUACGAAUCGUAUUUUGACCAAGCGAAAGACGUGUCUCGCUUGCUCAAUAUCAAAUUGACGCAGAGAACGUGGGAUGGGGAACGCAUAUGGAUGUGCGGUUUUCCGCUCAUGCACCUGGACAAGUAUCUCAAGAUCCUCGUUCAAAAUCAAAAGCGUUUCGUUGCGAUGUGCGAAGAGUUCCCUCGCAAUCCACAGCUUGGCGCGAAGGCGGGUUUCGACAGACGUGUCGUUCGUAUUGUGACACCGGGGACUCUCAUCGACGAGCCCUUCCUCAACCCAUAUGAGAACAACUACCUGCUUGCGAUCGGCCGUCCCGGGGCAACCCCAGUUCCUGCAGAAGACGACCAGUCAGGACGUGUAGGCCUUGCUUGGAUAGACGUGUCCACAGGGGAGUUCUUCACCAAGACAACCUCUCCUGAGGGUCUGCGGGACGAACUCGUCCGCAUCAGCCCUCGAGAAGUGAUUCUGGGCGAAGAGACUGAAACGGAGGAAGAUCGCCGUGUUAGGUCUGCUGUCGAUGAGGAAGGUCUAUUUGUCUCGUACUUCACAGUGCCUAACCCCGCGGGGCUGCCAAUCCUACCAGAAGGUACCGACGGGACCGAUGAUGUUGUCUCUCACUUGGGCGGCGAGACCGCGGUAUCGACCGUUACAGAGUCCGAGACGCGAGCAGUCAACUUGUUAACGGCUUUCAUGCAAGCGAAUUUACUGGAACACAUGCCUCUACUCUCUUCACCGAGCAGAGAGACUACUAUGGGAAGAAUGCAAAUCGACUCGCAUACCAUCAAAGCUCUCGAAAUACGGGAAGGCCUUAGCGACGGCGGCACAACUGGGAGCCUUAUAAGCGUUGUCAAGCGUACUGUCACUACUGGUGGAACUCGUUUACUCGCACGAUGGUUAUGUUCUCCUAGCACAUCUCUGCGUGAGAUCACUGCCCGCCAAUCUCUGGUGGCUUUCUUCCAUGCUCGUCCUUACGUUCGUGAAGAUCUGUUACAACUGCUUGGUGACAUUGAAGACACAACCCGCAUAGCGCAAAGGUUCUUGCUCGGGCGCGGACAUCCGAGCGACUUGGCGGCAAUCUGCAGCACCGUUCGAACGUGGACCAGUAUCAGACAGCGUGUGGAACUCGAAAAGACCAUGGAACAGCGGGAGCGAGGCAUCGUUGUCGAGGCAGAAUGGACGAGCAUAGAUGCCCUCCUGCACGGGAUGCAUGAUCUAUGGCAUCUGGUCACCGUAAUACAGAAAGCUAUGCCGACCUCAGGCGGGGAGGUCGCAGAAGGCCCCGAAGUGGUAGACAGCGAAGACACCGGCAGUAUCCUCGACGCGUUAUCCGGCGUGCUAAAUGUGGGACAAGGCUUUGGAAACUUGAAAUGGACUAUCGAACCAAGUAGAGAGCAGUUGGAACGACGCUUGCAGUCGGAGUACAAUGCUCCUUCGCUCACCCUUCGGUCGUCCCCCGGAUAUGGUAUGCACGUACACAUUGGGAGAGGAAAACGGGAUUCGGGAAAACUGAAGGCAUCCGAUCUCUUUGUGCCGAUCUCAGAGAGCGGCAGCACGAACACAUUCUUCUUCAGAGAGUGGUCGGCGCUGGGUACUGAUAUCAUGAAUACGGUCACUGCCAUUUAUACGGCUGAGAAGGAGGCGUUUGAGAUGCUGCGCGAGGAAGUCAAUGUACAUGCCGGGCGUCUGCGAUCCAAUGCCCGCAUCAUUGACGAGCUUGACGUGACGCUUGCCUUUGCAAUGCUCGCUACCGAGAUGAACUUCGUAAGACCGACACAUCACCUACAUGUCACGAACGGCCGUCAUCCCACUGUAGAGCUUGCUUUGCUCACUUCGGGACGUAACUUCGUGCCAAAUACGGUGUCGUUUACACAUGAUUCGCAACUGCACAUCAUCACCGGCCCAAACAUGGCUGGGAAGUCUACCUUUCUUCGGCAAACCGCCCUGAUAGCGAUACUUGCUCAAAGCGGUUCCUUUGUUCCGGCAGACGCUGCUCAUAUCGGAAUCAUAGACAGGGUGUUCUCCAGGGUGGGCGCGAAGGAUGACCUCUUCCGUGAUCGAAGCACCUUCAUGGUGGAGAUGCUGGAGACGAGCGAGAUUCUUCGUCGAGCUACGCCGAGGAGUCUGGUCAUCAUGGACGAGGUUGGGAGAGGUACGACAGUUGACGAUGGCCUCGCAAUCGCGUUUGCCGCUGUGCACCACUUGGUCUCUGUGAAUCGCUGUCGCGCAUUAUUCGCUACGCAUUUUCACGAGCUGGCCGAUAUGCUAGACUGCUCCGAAGACAGCAGGGGUCAAGGUCCUUUCGAAGGUGUCAGUUUCUUCUGUACCGACGUAGAUGAGACGGAGGACGACUACUUUUCUUACUCUCAUCUCAUGAGACCUGGCGUAAACCGUGAUAGUCACGGUCUUAAGGUUGCCCAGCUUGCUGGACUGCCCGAGCCGGCCGUCAAUAUCGCAAGAACCACACUCGUUCGACUUAAGGAGAAAAGAGCCGGUGAACGGCGCACAGACGAUCUACGGGCCUUGGGACGGACAGUCGCAUCCAAUAGUAACGUAUAA